UUGUUCUCCUGUUCUCUGAAUUUUAGUAUUGAUACCACAUAAUUGUAUUUUCACUUUAAAGAAUGUUUUAACAUUGUUUUUUGCCAGUGUCAUAUUGUAUUUAUACUUAUUAUGGACUAUGGGGUGAGACACACUUUGUCCCCAUGAUUAUUCCCCACUAUGGAAUGUACUGGUCAACACCAAACAUGCUGCAUUCAUUCAUGUGGAUAUUAAAGCUACAUUUCAGCGUAAUGCAAAUGUUUCUUGAAAACAACCACGUAGAUUCAGCCCCAGCACCCUCCAUACAGACCCUCCAGGAGGGAACACUAACGGAGGGGAGCAGGGUAACGUUCACCUGCAGGGCCAUCGCACCCUGUCCCACCCAGCCGCCUCACCUGAGCUGGAACCAGUCAGGAGGCCCUGAGGGCCGGCCGGAACCGCACGGAGACCAAGAGCCUAACGUCAGGACCCGGCGGCUGAUUAUCACUCUGUCGGACCGACAUGACGGGGUCCGCCUCACCUGUCUGGCGGAGUAUCCGGUGAGCGACCCAGCAGGCGGGCCCAGCAUCAGAACAGCAGAGAGCGUCGUGACGCUCAACGUUUCCUAUUCCCCGAAGGAUACGCAGGCCUCCGUCAGCCCCCCCACGGUGUCGCUGGGCAGUGUGGUCAACCUGACGUGCACCAGCAGAGCCAACCCCCCCGUUCUCCGGUUCACCUGGUUCAGGAGCAGUGCGGAGGGACCACUGAACGUGUCAGAUGGAUCUUUGUACAGCUACAAUGUGUCCAGCUACAGAGAAAUCUACUACUGCGUGGCCACGAAUCCCUUGGGAAACCAAACAUCAGAAGAGAUUAAGCUAACUAUUAUCGGUAAAUCAACUUCUUCCCAUAGACCCUUUAAUAAAAACCUAACUAGGCCAAUAACACAUAUCCCAAAUAUAUCCCUCAACAAUCUCUAAAUGGAUAUGACAAUGCCCCAGUGAUCUUCCAUGAUUUGUCUCCUCCAGGAUUGAAUGUUCCUCUGAUAGUGAGAUUUUUUGGCACCGU